UGGGAACAGACGGGGAGGGCCACUGCCCAUGUGCAGGGCUUGUACAUAUCAGCGUCUGGAGGGAGUGCAAGUACACUCAAAUCACAAACGGGUUAAAAGAUUCACAAAUGCUAAUGGGUGCGAUACCUAGCACAUCAACGGGCUGUCAAAUUUGGAUUACCAUGGUACCGUAAGCAAUUCAGGUGGCAGAUGAAGGUAAAACAAGUGAAGAAAAAUGGCAUCAGACCAUCAAAGACUGGGCAAGCGAAAAAGCUCAAGGACAAGCUCAAAGAAAGGGUUUUCAAAGGGGUCAAAGCUUAAAAUGAAUCAGCUUGAAAAAGUAUCAAAAAAGCUGAAAGGUAAGAAACUCAAAAAGCAGAAGUCAGCCCAGGUGGAGCCAGCUCCAGGCUUCAACAGCCAAUCUCUAGUGCGCAGGGAAAUGAGCUGGCGUGCGGGCGAGGUGUUCAGCCGGCUACACCAGCUUCAGCCGCCGCGUGCCGGCGCCAGUGCCGCUCCCGCUACCGUCCGCCAGCCGGCAGAGGCGACGCCCCCGCCGCCGCCGGCACCUGUACCGCUGAAGAAGCCGCGAUGCGAGCGGCUGGCGUUUCUGACGCCACCCGCUGCUGCCGACGCCGACGGUGGUGACGGCGCUACCCCAGCGACAGCGCCCUCUGCGCGUGGCAAAAAGAAGCGGCGCAAGCUGAAACUGGUUAAGAGGAAGCUCAGGCGGGAGGAGGAAGCGGCCGCUGAGACCUCAGAGUCAAAGCUGGAGUCGGCGCGGUUCAGGUACCUCAACGAGCAACUAUACACCAAGACUGGCUUCGAAGCGUUGCAGAUGUUCUCGCAUGACCGGGAGUCCUUCGACGCCUAUCACCAGGGCUUCCGUAACCAGGUGGCCAAGUGGCCCGUCAACCCCCUCGAUCUCAUCAUCCAGAACGUCAACAAAAUGCCUCCCAGCCACCUGGUGGUGGACCUGGGCUGCGGCGACGCCCGGCUGGCCACGGCCGUCCGCCAACGCGUGCUCUCGUUCGACUUGGUGGCCAUCAACGAACGCGUGACGCCGUGCGACAUGGCGCACGUGCCCCUGGCGGACGGCACCGCCAACGUGGUGGUGCUGUGUCUGGCGCUGAUGGGCACCAACCUGGGCGACUUCGUGGCCGAAGCCAACCGCCUGCUAAAGAUGGGCGGCCAGCUUCGGAUAGCCGAGGUUGCGAGCAGGUUCGAGUCCGUGGACGACUUCGUCCGGGAUAUGAAGGAGUACGGCUUCCACUUCAUCAGCAAAGACCUGUCGCAUGAGUACUUCUACCUCUUCAGCAUGAAGAAGAACGCUCCCGUGAACGGGAAGAGGAAGGACUUGCCAGAGAUCGAACUGAAACCGUGCCUGUACAAGCGGCGGUGACGGGGCAAUACAGCGACUUGACAGGGGGCAAUACAGUGGCUUUGACUCGA